AACUGCUCAAUAAUAAAACCGAAAAGCAAUGUUUGCCAAGCUCCGAAAGACCCAUCCUGGCAGCGAGGCGGUAAGACCCUCCUCUCAGCCCGACUGUUCAAAGGACUUGGAAAAGGACUCAAAUGUCACGAAAAAACGAGUUGAGUAUGUCCUCAGCCGAAUGCAGCAGCUUUUGUUAUUUCUGGUCAUUUUCCUCUUUUUCCCCGUGGUGAUCUUCUGCGCCUUUAAGUUUUUGGUGAUGGAACCGCUGUAUGGGAUCAGCGAUUCCAAUGUGGCCAUUGGAGCUGCCGUGGCCACUGUGAUAGUGAUGCAUGUCCUGAUCACGGGCUAUAUCCUGCGCCUGAUCUUCGUGCAGGAGUUUUCGCGUAUGGAAAAGCUUGAGGUGUGGACCGAAUGGGAGAUUCUGGGGCCACCUCAGAGCCAGGUUCACGGUCCUGUCUUCAUCGUCCUGCUGCUGAUGUCCUACUUCUCCCUGAUCAUCGGCUUUCCCAUAGCCACCUUCUUUGCCCUCAAGUUUGUGGUGCUCAAGAGUUUCGCUCACAUUGACGCCGACAUUAUUUCGGCCAUCUGCACCGUUGUGGCCGUUCAUGCAGCUGUUGGCUUCUACAUUUAUCGGGCCAUCUACACCAAGGGUGUAUUGGCUAAAAGCAGUCGCGAUAGCGGUUAGGUAUCCCUGUGAUUUUUUUAAGAGGCAAGCUAAUUUUGUUUCCCGGAAGUAUAAAAUGAACUCCAUGAUCUAACAACU